AGUAGUCCUGGUACUCAAACAUUGGUCUGCUGAAGAGAACCUGAUUCUGAGACUCCAGUACAAUGUCUUACCACCAGCAGCAGUGCAAGCAGCCAUGCCAACCUCCUCCUGUGUGCCUACCCCCGAAGUGCCCUGAGCCUUGUCCUCCUCCAAAGUGCCCUGAGCCUUGUCCUCCUCCAAAGUGCCCUAAGCCUUGUCCUCCUCCAGUUUGCCCUGAGCCUUGUCCUCCCCCAGUGUGCUGUGAUCCUUGUCCUCCUCCAGUGUGCUGUGAGCCAUGCCCCCCUCAGCCAUGGCAGCCAAAAUGCCCUCCUGUGCAAUUUCCACCAUGCCAGCAGAAGUGUCCACCCAAGAACAAGUGAGGGCCUCCCAGUCAUCAUGACCAGGGGAAGUGAAAGAAAUCUGUCUCACUGGCUCACCAACUCCAUAGCAACACUUCCAUCCUCCUUUGAAAGCCUGUCCUGGAUGCAGAAGAAUCUUCUCCACCCUUCAUCCUCCAUGUGCUUAUGAUGGCUCCUCACAGAGAAGGCAUUUCUCUCAGGCUGAUCCCCUGCUGCUUUCCUGGGGCUGCUGAGAAUGAUCUUUUCUCUUGUUUUAGUGCACCAAGGAAGCACAACAGGUAUCUACUCUGUGCUUUCAGAGGAGCCUUCUCAACCUGCCUGUUACCUGAUCAGGGCAAUGGUCACUGCUGUUUCAUUUCCUG